ACGCCCAACUUCAGUCCGCUCCUUUGCCUUGUAUCUGUAACUUCUUUUUUUUUAAGGUUUAGUUUCUUCUUCCUAUAGUUACCAAUUGCAAUUCUUACUUAUCUUUCAACCCUUAUAUCCCGAAUAAUCACAGGCCGUAAUUAUACACAAUGGCUCCGACGAAAGCGACCGAAACCAAGGACAAGUACUCGGUUAUCCUACCGACGUACAACGAGCGCCGCAACUUACCCAUUAUUACCUGGCUCCUCAACCGUACCUUUACCGAGAACAACCUCGACUGGGAACUCAUCAUCGUCGACGACGGCUCGCCCGACGGAACGCAAGUCGUAGCGCAACAACUGGUCAAGGCCUACUCGCCGCACGUAGUGCUCAAGACGCGAUCGGGCAAGCUCGGGCUGGGAACGGCCUACGUGCACGGGAUGCAGUUCGUGACGGGCAACUUCGUGAUCAUCAUGGACGCCGACUUCAGCCACCACCCCAAGUUCAUCCCGCAGAUGAUCGCGCGGCAGCGGGCCGGCAACUUCGACAUCGUGACGGGGACCCGGUACGCGGGCGACGGCGGCGUAUACGGCUGGGACCUUAAGCGCAAGUUCGUCAGCCGCGGCGCCAACCUGUUCGCCGACACCGUCCUCCGCCCCGGCGUCAGCGACCUCACCGGCAGCUUCCGCCUCUACAAGAAGGCCGUCCUCCAGAAGGUCAUCGAGAGCACCGAGAGCAAAGGCUACACCUUCCAGAUGGAGAUGAUGGUCCGCGCCAAGGCCAUGGGUUUCACCGUCGCCGAGGUCCCUAUUACCUUCGUCGACCGCCUCUACGGCGAGUCCAAGCUCGGUGGCGACGAGAUCGUCGAGUAUGCGAAGGGUGUGCUAAGCUUGUGGUUGAAGGUUUGAGGUGAAUACAAAAAAUAUUAUACCCAGCUUAUGUAUGUGUAUGAGAAGUGGA